AUGGAAGUGGUUAAAGGGGACGAAAUUGAAUCUGGUAAUACCAACCAGGAAGAUGUAAAUGUGCAUCCUGGUGGUGAGGAUGAAUCCUCACAACAAGGAACUCAUGAUGAAUCAGCAGGAGACCUUCCCUAUGGGGAACAGGAAGGAGAACCUGAAGGGGUGAAACAAGAAGAUAAUGAAUCAGGUAAUAUCAACCAGGAAGAUGUAAAUGUGCAUGAUGGUGGUGAAGAUGAAUCUUCACAACAAGGGACUCAUGAUGAAUCACCAGGAGACCAUCUCUCAGGGGAACAAGAGGGAGAAACCGAAGGAGUAAAAGGGGAAGAAAAUGAAUCAGACAAUACUAACUCGGAAGACGUACAUGUGCAUCCCGGUGGUGAAGAUGAAUCUUCAGAACAUGGGAAUCAGGAUGAAUCACCAGGAGACAGUGCUUCACAGGAACAGGAAGGAGAACCUGAAGGGGUGAAACAAGAAGAUAAUGAAUCUGGUAAUACCAACCAGGAAGAUGUAAAUGUGCAUCCUGGUGGUAGGGAUGAAUCCUCACAACAAGGGACUCAUGAUGAAUCAGCAGGAGACCAUCCCUCUGGGGAACAGGAGGGAGAAACUGAAGGGGUAGAAGGGGAAGAAAAUGAAUCAGGCAGUACUAACCCGGAAGACGUAAAUGUGCAUCCUGGGGAUGAGGAUGAAUCCUCACAACAUGGGUCCCAGGAUGAAUCACCAGCAGACCUUCCCUCUGGGGAACAAGAAGGAGAAACUGAAGCGGUGAAACAAGAAGAUAAUGAAUCUGGUAAUAUCAACCAGGAAGAUGUAAAUGUGCAUCCUGGUGGUGAAGAUGAAUCUUCAGAACAUGAAAAUCAGGAUGAAUCACUAGGAGACCAUCCCUCUGGGGAACAAGAGGGAGAAACCGAAGGAGUGAAAGGGGAAGAAAACGAACCAGGUAAUACCGACCAGGAAAAUGUAAAUGUGCAUCCUGAUGGUGAGAAUGAAUCCUCAGAACAAGGGACUCAUGAUGAAUCGCCAGGAGACCAUCCCUCAGGGGAACAGGAAGGAGAAACUGAAGGAGUGAAAGAGGCAGAUAAUGAAUCUAGUAAUACCAACCAGGAAGAUGUGAAUGUGCAUCCUGGAGAUGAAGAUGAAUCGUCACAACAUGGGACUCAGGAUGAGUCACCAGAAGACCAUCCUUCAGAGGAACAGGAAGGAGAAACUGAUGAUACACAGUCAGAAAAACAAAAGUUUGAAUCUGGAGAUGUAAAAGAACUGUCACAAAAUGACAAUGGGGAUGAACUACAGGCAGAAAAUCCACCAGAGAAGAAUGAACGGGGAACGGAAGAUGCUGAAACAAAGUAUCCAACACCUGAUAAUGAAAGCCCAGAGAAAGUACAUGGAUAUUCAGAAAGUGCCGAAGACAGCUCACUCCAUGAAAAUGAGAAUGAACUUGCAACUGAGUGUCCAACCGGAGAGAACGAAGUGGAAAGUGAUGAUUUAGAAAGGGGGAACCAAGGACCUGGUGAGGAGGAAGCCUCACAACAUGAAAAUAAAAAUGAAGCACCAGAAGACCAUCCCUCAGAGGAACAAGAAGGAGAAACGGAAGUGGUUAAAGGGGAUGAAAUUGGAUCUGGUAAUACCAACCAGGAAGAUGUAAAUGUGCAUCCUGGUCAUGAAGAUGAAUUUUCACAACAUGAAAAUCAGGAUGAAUCAGCAGGAGACCAUCCUUCAGAGGAACAGGAAAGAGAAGCUGAAGAAGUGAAAGAAAAAGAAAAUGGAUUAGGUAAUACCAACCAGGAAGAUGUAAAUGUGCAUCCUGGUGGUGAGGAUGAAUCCUCACAACAAGGGACUCAGGAUGAAUCACCAAGAGACCUUCACUCUGGUGAACAGGAGGGAGAAACUGAAGCGGUGAAACAAGAAGAUAAUGAAUCUGGUAAUAUCAACCAGGAAGAUGUAAAUGUGCAUCCUGGUGGUGAAGAUGAAUCUUCAGAACAUGACAAUCAGGAUGAAUCACUAGGAGACCAUCCCUCUGGGGAACAAGAGGGAGAAACCAAAGGAGUGAAAGGGGAAGAAAAUGAACCAGAUGAAUCCUCACAACAAGGGACUCAUGAUGAAUCACCAGUAGACCAUCCCUCAGGGGAACAGGAGGGAGAAACUGAAGGGGUAGAAGGGGAAGAAAAUGAAUCAGGCAGUACUAACCCGGAAGACGUAAAUGUGCAUCCUGGGGAUGAGGAUGAAUCCUCACAACAUGGGUCCCAGGAUGAAUCACCAGCAGACCUUCCCUCUGGGGAACAAGAGGGAGAAACUGAAGCGGUGAAACAAGAAGAUAAUGAAUCUGGUAAUAUCAACCAGGAAGAUGUAAAUGUGCAUCCUGGUGGUGAAGAUGAAUCUUCAGAACAUGAAAAUCAGGAUGAAUCACUAGGAGACCAUCCCUCUGGGGAACAAGAAGGAGAAACCGAAGGAGUGAAAGGGGAAGAAAACGAACCAGGUAAUACCAACCAGGAAAAUGUAAAUGUGCAUCCUGAUGGUGAGAAUGAAUCCUCAGAACAAGAGACUCAUGAUGAAUCGCCAGGAGACCAUCCCUCAGGGGAACAGGAAGGAGAAACUGAAGGAGUGAAACAAGAAGAUAAUGAAUCUGGUAAUAUCAACCAGGAAGAUGUAAAUGUGCAUCCUGGUGGUGAAGAUGAAUCUUCAGAACAUGACAAUCAGGAUGAAUCACUAGGAGACCAUUCCUCUGGGGAACAAGAGGGAGAAACCGAAGGAGUGAAAGGGGAAGAAAACGAACCAGGUAAUACCGACCAGGAAAAUGUAAAUGUGCAUCCUGGUGGUGAGAAUGAAUCCUCAGAACAAGUGACUCAUGAUGAAUCGCCAGGAGACCAUCCUUCAGAGGAACAGGAAGGAGAAACUGAUGAUACACAGUCAGAAAAACAAAAGUUUGAAUCUGGAGAUGUAAAAGAACCGUCACAAAAUGACAAUGGGGAUGAACUACAGGCAGAAAAUCCACCAGAGAAGAAUGAAGGGGGAACGGAAGAUGCUGAAACAAAGUAUCCAACACCUGAUAAUGAAAGCCCAGAGAAAGUACAUGGAGAUUCAGAAAGUGCCGAAGAUAGCUCACUCCAUGAAAAUGAGAAUGAACUUGCAACUGAGUGUCCAACCGGAGAGAACGAAGUGGAAAGUGAUGAUUUAGAAAGGGGGAACCAAGGACCUGGAGACCAUCCCUCUGGGGAACAGGGAGGAGAAACUGAAGGAGUGAAAGAAAAAGAUAUUGAAUCAGGUAAUUCCAACCAGGAAGAUGUAAAUGUGCAUCCUGGUGGUGAAGAUGAAUCUUCAGAACAUGAAAAUCAGGAUGAAUCACCAGGAGACCAUCCCUCAGGGAAACAGGAAGGAGAGCCUGAAGGGGUGAAAGGGGAAGAAAGUGAAUCUGGUGAUACCAACCAGGAAGAUGUAAAUGUGCAUCCUGGUGGUGAAGGUGAAUCUUCAGAACAUGAAAAUCAGGAUGAAUCACCAGGAGACCAUCCCUCAGGGAAACAGGAAGGAGAGCCUGAAGGGGUGAAAGGGGAAGAAAGUGAAUCUGGUGAUACCAACCAGGAAGAUGUAAAUGUGCAUCCUGGUGGUGAAGGUGAAUCUUCAGAAGAUGAAAAUCAGGAUGAAUCACAAGGAGACGAUCCCUCUGGGGAACAGGAAGGAGAAACUGAAGGGGUGACAGGGGAAGAAAGUGAAUCUGGUGAUACCAACCAGAAAGGUGUAAAUGUGCAUCCUGGGAGAGAGGAUGAAUACUCACCACAUGGGAAUCAGAAUGAAUCACCAGGAGACAGUGCUUCACAGGAACAGGGAGGAGAAACUGAAGGAGUGAAAGAGAAAGAUAUUGAAUCAGGUAAUACCAACCAGGAAGAUGUAAAUGUGCAUCCUGGUGGUGAGGGUGAAUCUUCAGAACAUGAAAAUCAGGAUGAAUCACCAGGAGGCCAUCCCUCAGGGGAACAAGAGGGAGAAAUCAAAGGAGUGAAAGGGGAAGAAAGUGAAUCUGGUGAUACCAACCAGGAAGAUGUAAAUGUGCAUCCUGGUGGUGAGAAUGAAUCCUCACAACAAGGGACUCAUGAUGAAUCACCAGUAGACCAUCCCUCAGGGGAACAGGAGGGAGAAACUGAAGGGGUAGAAGGGGAAGAAAAUGAAUCAGGCAGUACUAACCCGGAAGACGUAAAUGUGCAUCCUGGGGAUGAGGAUGAAUCCUCACAACAUGGGUCCCAGGAUGAAUCACCAGCAGACCUUCCCUCUGGGGAACAAGAGGGAGAAACUGAAGCGGUGAAACAAGAAGAUAAUGAAUCUGGUAAUAUCAACCAGGAAGAUGUAAAUGUGCAUCCUGGUGGUGAAGAUGAAUCUUCAGAACAUGAAAAUCAGGAUGAAUCACUAGGAGACCAUCCCUCUGGGGAACAAGAGGGAGAAACCGAAGGAGUGAAAGGGGAAGAAAACGAACCAGGUAAUACCGACCAGGAAAAUGUAAAUGUGCAUCCUGAUGGUGAGAAUGAAUCCUCAGAACAAGAGACUCAUGAUGAAUCGCCAGGAGACCAUCCCUCAGGGGAACAGGAAGGAGAAACUGAAGGAGUGAAACAAGAAGAUAAUGAAUCUGGUAAUAUCAACCAGGAAGAUGUAAAUGUGCAUCCUGGUGGUGAAGAUGAAUCUUCAGAACAUGAAAAUCAGGAUGAAUCACUAGGAGACCAUUCCUCUGGGGAACAAGAGGGAGAAACCGAAGGAGUGAAAGGGGAAGAAAACGAACCAGGUAAUACCGACCAGGAAAAUGUAAAUGUGCAUCCUGGUGGUGAGAAUGAAUCCUCAGAACAAGGGACUCAUGAUGAAUCACCAAUAGACCAUCCCUCAGGGGAACAGGAGGGAGAAACUGAAGGGGUAGAAGGGGAAGAAAAUGAAUCAGGCAGUACUAACCCGGAAGACGUAAAUGUGCAUCCUGGGGAUGAGGAUGAAUCCUCACAACAUGGGUCCCAGGAUGAAUCACCAGCAGACCUUCCCUCUGGGGAACAAGAGGGAGAAACUGAAGCGGUGAAACAAGAAGAUAAUGAAUCUGGUAAUAUCAACCAGGAAGAUGUAAAUGUGCAUCCUGGUGGUGAAGAUGAAUCUUCAGAACAUGAAAAUCAGGAUGAAUCACUAGGAGACCAUCCCUCUGGGGAACAAGAAGGAGAAACCGAAGGAGUGAAAGGGGAAGAAAACGAACCAGGUAAUACCAACCAGGAAAAUGUAAAUGUGCAUCCUGAUGGUGAGAAUGAAUCCUCAGAACAAGAGACUCAUGAUGAAUCGCCAGGAGACCAUCCCUCAGGGGAACAGGAAGGAGAAACUGAAGGAGUGAAACAAGAAGAUAAUGAAUCUGGUAAUAUCAACCAGGAAGAUGUAAAUGUGCAUCCUGGUGGUGAAGAUGAAUCUUCAGAACAUGAAAAUCAGGAUGAAUCACUAGGAGACCAUUCCUCUGGGGAACAAGAGGGAGAAACCGAAGGAGUGAAAGGGGAAGAAAACGAACCAGGUAAUACCGACCAGGAAAAUGUAAAUGUGCAUCCUGAUGGUGAGAAUGAAUCCUCAGAACAAGAGACUCAUGAUGAAUCGCCAGGAGACCAUCCCUCAGGGGAACAGGAAGGAGAAACUGAAGGGGUGAAAGAGGCAGAUAAUGAAUCUGGUAAUACCAACCAGGAAGAUGUGAAUGUGCAUCCUGGAGAUGAAGAUGAAUCGUCGCAACAUGGGACUCAGGAUGAGUCACCAGGAGACCAUCCUUCAGAGGAACAGGAAGGAGAAACUGAAGGAGUGAAAGGGGAAGAAAGUGAAUCUGGUGAUACCAACCAGGAAGAUGUAAAUGUGCAUCCUGGUGGUGAAGAUGAAUCCUCACAACAAGGGACUCAUGAUGAAUCACCAAUAGACCAUCCCUCAGGGGAACAGGAGGGAGAAACUGAAGGGGUAGAAGGGGAAGAAAAUGAAUCAGGCAGUACUAACCCGGAAGACGUAAAUGUGCAUCCUGGGGAUGAGGAUGAAUCCUCACAACAUGGGUCCCAGGAUGAAUCACCAGCAGACCUUCCCUCUGGGGAACAAGAGGGAGAAACUGAAGCGGUGAAACAAGAAGAUAAUGAAUCUGGUAAUAUCAACCAGGAAGAUGUAAAUGUGCAUCCUGGUGGUGAAGAUGAAUCUUCAGAACAUGAAAAUCAGGAUGAAUCACUAGGAGACCAUCCCUCUGGGGAACAAGAAGGAGAAACCGAAGGAGUGAAAGGGGAAGAAAACGAACCAGGUAAUACCAACCAGGAAAAUGUAAAUGUGCAUCCUGAUGGUGAGAAUGAAUCCUCAGAACAAGAGACUCAUGAUGAAUCGCCAGGAGACCAUCCCUCAGGGGAACAGGAAGGAGAAACUGAAGGAGUGAAACAAGAAGAUAAUGAAUCUGGUAAUAUCAACCAGGAAGAUGUAAAUGUGCAUCCUGGUGGUGAAGAUGAAUCUUCAGAACAUGAAAAUCAGGAUGAAUCACUAGGAGACCAUUCCUCUGGGGAACAAGAGGGAGAAACCGAAGGAGUGAAAGGGGAAGAAAACGAACCAGGUAAUACCGACCAGGAAAAUGUAAAUGUGCAUCCUGGUGGUGAGAAUGAAUCCUCAGAACAAGGGACUCAUGAUGAAUCGCCAGGAGACCAUCCCUCAGGGGAACAGGAAGGAGAAACUGAAGGGGUGAAAGAGGCAGAUAAUGAAUCUGGUAAUACCAACCAGGAAGAUGUGAAUGUGCAUCCUGGAGAUGAAGAUGAAUCGUCGCAACAUGGGACUCAGGAUGAGUCACCAGGAGACCAUCCUUCAGAGGAACAGGAAGGAGAAACUGAAGGAGUGAAAGGGGAAGAAAGUGAAUCUGGUGAUACCAACCAGGAAGAUGUAAAUGUGCAUCCUGGUGGUGAAGAUGAAUCCUCACAACAAGGGACUCAUGAUGAAUCACCAAUAGACCAUCCCUCAGGGGAACAGGAGGGAGAAACUGAAGGGGUAGAAGGGGAAGAAAAUGAAUCAGGCAGUACUAACCCGGAAGACGUAAAUGUGCAUCCUGGGGAUGAGGAUGAAUCCUCACAACAUGGGUCCCAGGAUGAAUCACCAGCAGACCUUCCCUCUGGGGAACAAGAGGGAGAAACUGAAGCGGUGAAACAAGAAGAUAAUGAAUCUGGUAAUAUCAACCAGGAAGAUGUAAAUGUGCAUCCUGGUGGUGAAGAUGAAUCUUCAGAACAUGAAAAUCAGGAUGAAUCACUAGGAGACCAUCCCUCUGGGGAACAAGAAGGAGAAACCGAAGGAGUGAAAGGGGAAGAAAACGAACCAGGUAAUACCAACCAGGAAAAUGUAAAUGUGCAUCCUGAUGGUGAGAAUGAAUCCUCAGAACAAGAGACUCAUGAUGAAUCGCCAGGAGACCAUCCCUCAGGGGAACAGGAAGGAGAAACUGAAGGAGUGAAACAAGAAGAUAAUGAAUCUGGUAAUAUCAACCAGGAAGAUGUAAAUGUGCAUCCUGGUGGUGAAGAUGAAUCUUCAGAACAUGAAAAUCAGGAUGAAUCACUAGGAGACCAUUCCUCUGGGGAACAAGAGGGAGAAACCGAAGGAGUGAAAGGGGAAGAAAACGAACCAGGUAAUACCGACCAGGAAAAUGUAAAUGUGCAUCCUGGUGGUGAGAAUGAAUCCUCAGAACAAGGGACUCAUGAUGAAUCGCCAGGAGACCAUCCCUCAGGGGAACAGGAAGGAGAAACUGAAGGGGUGAAAGAGGCAGAUAAUGAAUCUGGUAAUACCAACCAGGAAGAUGUGAAUGUGCAUCCUGGAGAUGAAGAUGAAUCGUCGCAACAUGGGACUCAGGAUGAGUCACCAGGAGACCAUCCUUCAGAGGAACAGGAAGGAGAAACUGAUGAUACACAGUCAGAAAAACAAAAGUUUGAAUCUGGAGAUGUAAAAGAACCGUCACAAAAUGACAAUGGGGAUGAACUACAGGCAGAAAAUCCACCAGAGAAGAAUGAAGGGGGAACGGAAGAUGCUGAAACAAAGUAUCCAACACCUGAUAAUGAAAGCCCAGAGAAAGUACAUGGAGAUUCAGAAAGUGCCGAAGAUAGCUCACUCCAUGAAAAUGAGAAUGAACUUGCAACUGAGUGUCCAACCGGAGAGGACGAAGUGGAAAGUGAUGAUUUAGAAAGGGGGAACCAAGGACCUGGAGACCAUCCCUCUGGGGAACAGGGAGGAGAAACUGAAGGAGUGAAAGAGACAGAUAUUGAAUCAGGUAAUUCCAACCAGGAAGAUGUAAAUGUGCAUCCUGGUGGUGAAGAUGAAUCUUCAGAACAUGAAAAUCAGGAUGAAUCACCAGGAGACCAUCCCUCAGGGAAACAGGAAGGAGAGCCUGAAGGGGUGAAAGGGGAAGAAAGUGAAUCAGGUAAUUCCAACCAGGAAGAUGUAAAUGUGCAUGAUGCUGGCGAAGAUGGAUCUUCAGAACAUGAAAAUCAGGAUGAAUCACUAGGAGACCAUCCCUCUGGGGAACAGGAGGCAGAAACUGAAGGGGUGACAGGGGAAGAAAGUGAAUCUGGUGAUACCAACCAGAAAGAUGUAAAUGUGCAUCCUGGCGAAGAGGAUGAAUACUCACCACAUGGGAAUCAGAAUGAAUCACCAGGAGACAGUGCUUCACAGGAACAGGGAGGAGAAACUGAAGGAGUGAAAGAGAAAGAUAUUGAAUCAGGUAAUACCAACCAGGAAGAUGUAAAUGUGCAUCCUGGUGGUGAAGGUGAAUCUUCAGAACAUGAAAAUCAGGAUGAAUCACCAGGAGACCAUUCCUCAGGGGAACAAGAAGGAGUAAGUGAAGGAGUGAAAGGGGAAGAAAAUGAAUCAGGUAAUACCAACCAGGAAGAUGUAAAUGUGCAUGAUGCUGGCGAAGAUGGAUCUUCAGAACAUGAAAAUCAGGAUGAAUCACCAGGAGACCAUCCCUCAGGGGAACAGGGAGGAGAAACUGAAGGAGUGAAAGAGGAAGAUAAUGAAUCUGGUAAUACUAACCAGGAAGAUGUAAAUGUGCAUCCUGGUGGUGAAGAUGAAUCUUCAGAACAUGAAAAUCAGGAUGAAUCACCAGGAGACCAUCCCUCAGGGGAACAAGAGGGAGAAACUGAAGGAGUGAAAGGGGAAGAAAAUGAAUCAGGUAAUACCAACCAGGAAGUUGUAAAUGUGCAUCCUGGUGGCGAAGAUGAAACCUCACAACAUGGGACUCAUGAUGAAUCACCAGGAGACCAUUCCUCAGGGAAACAGGAAGAAGAGCCUGAAGGAGUGAAAGGGGAAGAAAAUGAAUCAGGUAAUACCAACCAGGAAGAUGUGAAUCCUCACAACAAGGGACUCAUGAUGAAUCACCAGGAGACCAUCCCUCUGGGGAACAGGAAGGAGAACCAGAAGGAGUAA